AUGCAAAAUCAAAAUCAAGAAAAUAGUGAAAAUUUACAUCUGGUCAAUAACAAAGAAAUUGUCCAAAUUAAAACUUUUUCUGAUAAGGAUCAAUCGCCCCCUCCACGAAAGGUUAAAUCCGGACUUAAAGAUUCGGUCGAGCUGAAACUACAACCUGUGCCACACGAACCACCUACCUCUAGAUCUAAUGAAUGCUCUCAACAG